AUGUCUCGCGCCUCAAAGCUCACGCUACUGGGCACUUCCCUCUUUGCCCUCAGCACGGUGGUGUUGGUGCACUACCAACAGAAGGCCGAACAAGAGGCAAUGCACCAAGGCGUGAUCCGCGACAUGGAGCAGCAGCGUCUCAAGCGCGAGCGCCAGGCCGACUUCGACCAGCAGCGCGCCCUGGAGGCCGAGUACCGGAAGGAGCAGACCGUGCGGGAGAGCAGUGGCGCGGGGGAGGUCGGC